UGUUUCUGUUUAUUUUGGUUUGGUUUGGCACAAUUAGGCCGUUUACUCGCUCUUUCAGUAGCAACUCACCUAAAAGCAACUCAAUGGAGCACUUGCUUUUACACCCACUAUAUAACAACAUCAUAUCGUAAAUAUCUGAAAACAUACUUUGGAAACAUUAGAAACAUCUAAUCAAACAGACUGGAAAUACUGAAAUUAAAAAUAUCACAAAUAUUAAAAAUAUCACAGAUAUUAAAAAUAAUACAAAUACCUUAGUCCCACACUAUCUCUUAUACCCAGAAUACCCUACAAUACCUAUUUAUUUCCAAUUUCCUCUUCUCACCUUUCUGCCUUAAACUCCUAAGCUCUUAAUUUUUCCAUUGUUUUCAUCUCCUUGCAACAUCUCAAUACCUCAAUACUUCACCCAUCUUUCAACCAUCCACUCUCGAUACUUGAAUUUCAAAUUUAUUUCCAUUUUACGCAAUGAACAAUACUAUAAAUGACAAUAAUUACAUGAACAACUUAAAUACCAAUCUCAAUAAUCUAAAUAUAAGGAACGACACUAACACCAUCAAUUCAAAUAUAACUCUUCCAUCAAUAGACCUACAGCAGCCACAACAACUGCCUCAGCAUUACAACAACAAUAACAACAACAACAAUAACUAUAAUCAAACGCUUUCUUUUGAUUCUAACACUUCUGCUAUUCCCUCUCAAAACCAAUUUAAUAAUAAUCAAAUAAUAAACCAAAAUCAAAAUCAAAAUCAAAACCCAAACCAAAUAAUCAAUAACAAUAAUUCUCCUUUAGUUCCUUCCAUUUCUAUUAACCAGAACAACUCACCAAAUUCCCCACAAUUAAACCAAAUCCCACAAAGAAUGUACUCUGUUACUUCAAACACUCCAACAAAUCUAACUGUUGGAAGCAACAACUCUGCAAAUACAAAUCAAAAUUUAAAUCAAAAUUUGAAUCAAAUCAAUGCAAAAGUCUCUAAAAAUUCAAUGCAAAAUGGCGACCCAAGAAACCCCUUAUUUCUACAAAUCCCAACCAGUGCAAACCCAACUGACGUUUUAGCUUCGAGAUUCAACUCUUGGAGAGCAAUCAUCAAAUCAAUCACAAAUUAUCUCUCCGAAGUUGUAAUGGUUCAAGAAGAAAUCAUUCGUCAACAAGUAAGACUACAACAUGCUGUUAAUUUUCCCUUUCUGAAUUAUGAUGCCUACUCAAAUAAUCUCAUUUCAAGAAACUCUCCCAAUAACAAUUCCAACAACUCCUCUUCAAAUAAUAACAAUUCUUCAAACAACAACAACUCAAACUCAAAUAACGACCAAAUUUUGAUGGAUGAAUUAAAUUCAAAAAAAUUCUUUCUACCUCUUUCUUCCGGCUCGAUUCAAGACCUACCCUCAAUCCUAUCCUCCUUCCAUAGAAACUCUGCUGCCAGUGCUUCAAGAAUAACUAAAGAAUUAUCCAACAGCGUCAUCCCAAGACUAGAUGAUCUCAGAAGAGACUUGGCUGUCAAAAUUAAAGAAAUAAGGGGUUUAGCAUCGGAUUUCAAGUCAACUGUUGGAAAAGAACAAAUUCAAACUAAAAUCGAUUAUUCAAAUUUCCUAAAUUCAAUCGACUUGGUCAAAUCUUCCUCUUCAACUAUAUCCCCUAAACAAGAUCCUUUCUUAACUAAAAUUUACUUGGACAAACAAAUCAGAAAACAACUAAUAGAAGAAAACUAUCUACAUGAAGCCUUUAUGAAUUUACAAACUUCCGGAAAGGAACUAGAAAAAGUCGUCGUUAUCGAAGUCCAAAAUGCUAUAAGAAUCUACGCUAAACUAAUAGGUGAAAAUGCCCAACUAGUAUUCAAUCUAUUACUAAAUAAAUUAGACAGUGGUUUUAUUACAAAGGAGCCAACUUUCGAAUGGGAUAGCUUUAUUCAAAGAGAUCCAAAUUUUAUUGAUCCCAAACUAGCAAUGAGACAUUUUCAAGAUAUCUCCUAUAAACACAUGUCUGAUCCUUUAACUUUGGAAAUCAAAUCCGGGUUCCUUGAUAGAAGAUCUAAAUUUCUAAAAUCCUACUCAAGAGGAUGGUACGUUCUAACCCCAACUUUUAUCCAUGAAUUUAAAUCCUCUGACAGAAGAAAAGAUAUUUAUCCUGUAAUGUCUCUAAGUUUAGAUGAUUGCCAAAUAGCUGAACACUCAAAAAAGGAUAAAAGUAAUCUGGAAUCAUGGCACAAAUUUAUUCUACACGCAAGGCAAAAUGGUAUCAUCCAUAGAGGUCAUAACUGGGUCUUUAGAGCUGAUUCUUAUGAUUCAAUGAUGGCAUGGUAUAACGAUAUUAAGGAAUUAACCAAAUUACCAACUUCCCAGGCAAGAGCCCAAUACAUUCUAAAAAAAAGAGCCUCUCAAAUCGAUAAAAGAAAAAGUUUCCAGAUUCCUAAAAGAGGUGCUUCAACUCCGAUUAGAAAUAAAAGAAUGUCUCAGCCAACUCCUCAAUUACAAUAUCAACAGUUUUCUCAAUCUCAAUCUCAACUAUCUUCUCAGAAUCAAAAUCAAAAUCAAAGCCAAAGCCAAAACCAAAACCAAAACCAAAACCAAAAUCAAAAUCAAAAUCAAAAUCAAACAUUCAAUAACCGAAACAGUGUUUUAAUGAAUGAAGGUGAUAUCAUGACUCCUAUUGAAACACAAAUUCCAUUUGCCGAAGUUCAAUUACAGCCUCAAGUUCAAAUUCAAACACAGCCUCAACAACAACAACAGCAUCCUCAAUUAUCUCAAGCCCAAUCUCAAACACUUCAGCAAUCCCAACAAUUUCAUCAACCUGUCCAGAUACAACAAUAUCAACAGCUACCACCCCAGGCUGUAAAUAAUGUUCCCUAUAUGAUUGUCCAAGUGCCAACAUCUACCUCAGAACAAGUUCAGACAAAUAAUCUUCAACACCAUGAUUCAUUGAAUCUUGGAAAUGGCAAGUUUGUUCCAAUCCACAAUUACGAAUCAAUCGUAAAUCAAAAUUAUGGCAUGCUAUCUCGAAAUCCAUCAGUGCCAGUUUAUAUGGUUGGAGAAUCAGAUGCCGAUGAAAGUGGCAUCUCUGAUGAUCGCACUGCUAAGGAAACACAUACCACUGAUGAUACUAUUGUGAACGUUUCACCCACUGUGGUUAAUAAUAGUUUAAAUGGAAAUUUUCAAAGAUCAAGUUCAGUCAAAAUAAAAAACCAAGAUUUCUCAAAUGGAAAUUUUUCAACAAGUUCUCUAAUAGACCAAAACGUGAAAUAUAAACACAUGUCUCAACCUAUUUAUUCAUCCAAUGCUUUACAAAAUUCUAGUAAUACAUUCAUUCCUGGCAAAAGUAACAUUUAUUAACGGUUCUAAUGGGCUUUUUUUCUUCACCUUGUUUUUUUAUUAUUUUACUUUAUUUUAUUUUCCUUUACCUUAUCUUAUUUCAGUUUAGUUUAGUUUAGUUUAGUUUAGUUGUUUUUUCCACCCAAUCAUUAUUUUGUUUACUGUUUUAUUUUGUUUAUUUGUUUUGCUUUCCUUAGUUAUUUAGUUCGAUUUAUGUUAGCCAUCAUUUACACGUCUUCGAGUCUUUUCAGUAGCACAGAUAGUAGCAAA